GUCUUUUCUCAGAAAUACUCGCAAUACAGUCAGCGCCCGCGCUUCACUCUGAGGGGGCUAGUUGUACCACCAGGUAGCAAAAUAAUACUUAUUUUUUCCCAUUAAACUCAGAGCAAGCGCAACAAUUGUCAUAUAUGCGCUUACUCUGAGGGGGCUAGUUGUACGGGGUGUCCUACCGGCACCACCUGGUACCGGCAGAACUCCCCGUAUGUAAACUUAACCUGCAGGUAAUCUGGUCAUCUUAGGUAAAUAUCCUCUACCGGCAUUAUUUGCAAGACAACCUACCGGCAUUAUCAUGAAGACAACCAACCAAGGGUCACUAUCAACAGGUCGCUAUCUAACCACAAGGGACCUACCAGAUCGUACCCUUGGAUUGGUCUAUAUAAGGAGCACCUCAUUUAUUGCUAUGAGGUACACAAACACUUAAACACACUUCUUUCUUACUCCCUAAUCAUCUCUUAAUCUCUCAGUAAUCUUACUUAAGCAUCGGAGGGGAUCCUCGAACCACCCCGAGGCUAGUUAAUCCAUUCUGUUGUGCAGAUAUCAACCGGCAAUCUCGACAGGAAUCCAGUAUCCCACAGUCAGCUGUUCUCAUUCCACACCCGGAACAACUCUAACCGCGGUUACAAUGGCGGGUCUAGCUGAAUCUAGUAGGUCGUCAAACGGGUUAGGGUUAAAGGUGUCAUCAACCUUACUCUUUGUAGCGGGUACAGGGUUACUUUUGGUAAUGAACAAGAUUCAACCUUCUCAGUUAGUUGAGGAGCAAAGGAACGCUGUCAGGUUGUUCAAACGCCUUCAGACUAACAUCAACACCACUCUUUCUAUCGGAAAACCGAGUCGGGAAGAUGUCGAGGUGGCGAUGGCGAAGGUGUUGGCUUUGGAUAGGGCAUACCCGUUACCUCUUUUAGGGGCUAUGAUUGAUAAAUACCCCGAGAGUUUACAGCCUGCUGUAUGGUGGCCGUCUAAUAAGAAACAAUCAUCAACUUGGGGCAGUGGGGCGGACUUGUGGCGGCGGUGGCGGGGUCUAUGGCUGCGGCGGUGAACACCAUAGAGCAUGGUGGGCAAGUAGGAAUGGUGUUUGAGAUGUACAGGAAUUGUGCUGGUUUUUUUAAGUUGUUGGAAGAGACUGUUGAGUCUACCUUAAAUGAGGAAGAUUUAGGGAAAAGAGAAAAUGGAGAGGUUUUUGAA